CCGAGACAGCGGGAAGAAACCAGUCAUGCUCUUCAUCCAUGGCGGAUCCUACAUGGAGGGAACAGGGAACAUGUUCGCCGGCGGCAGCCGCCUUUGGCUGCGCACGGCAACGCGAUUACUGUCGCCACUAUGAACUACCGCUUCGGCGCAUGCCGGGCUUCAUGAGCACCGGGGACCAAUCUGCCAAAGGAAACUAUGGCCUCCUGGACCAGAUUCAGGCCUUGCGGUGGCUGAACGAGAACAUCGGCCACUUUGGGGGAGACCCCGAGCGGAUCACCAUCUUCGGCUCGGGGGCCGGGGCCUCGUGCGUCAACCUUCUCAUCCUGUCUCACCACUCAGAAGGUCUGUUCCAGAAAGCCAUCGCUCAGAGCGGCACCGCCAUUUCCAGUUGGUCAGUGAAUUACCAGCCUCUCAAAUACACCCGGAUGCUGGCCUCCAAGGUGGGCUGCGACCACAUGGACACAGGGGACACAGUCGAAAGUGCUCUCGGGCGCUGAAGCCCAAUGAGCUAUCGGCUUCCAUCAGACAUUAUCCGUUUCAGCCUCCGCUAUCACAUCGCUGGCUGGGUUCCGGUCGUGGACGGGGACGUGGUCCCGGAUGACCCGGAGAUCCUGAUGCAGCAGGGCGAGUUCCUCAACUACGACAUCCUCAUCGGCGUCAACCAGGGGGAAGGCUUGAAGUUCGUGGAAGACUCCAUGGAGAACGAGGACGGCAUCUCCGCCAGCUACUUCGACUUCACCAUCUCCAACUUUGUGGACAACCUCUACGGCUACCCAGAAGGCAAAGACAUCUUGCGGGAGACCAUCAAGUUCAUGUACACGGACUGGGCUGACCGGGACAACGGCGAGAUGCGCCGCAAGACCCUCCUGGCGCUGUUCACUGACCACCAGUGGGUGGCGCCUGCCGUAGCCACCGCCAAGCUUCAUGCGGAGUAUCAGUCGCCGGUCUACUUCUACACCUUCUACCACCACUGCCAGAUCUGACACCCGCCCGCCGAAAGUGGGCUUGAUGUCGCCUACGGGGACGGUGGUGGUGGUGGUGGUAAGAUCCCUAUCGCUCUCGGGUGCUCCAUGAUCGGGCGCUCACAGACCUUCUUUCCUUGCAACUUUCCCAAGAACGAUAAAUCAUGCUGAGCUACUGCGUGGUCGCGACCCAUACUGAACUCCAAUUUUGCCAAAACCGGGGACCCCAACCAACCGGUCCCGCAGGACACCAAGUUCAUCCACACGAAGCCCAACCGCUUUGAAGAGGUGGUGUGGACCAAGUUCAACACGAAGGACAAGCAGUACCUGCACAUCGGCCUGAAGCCCCGGGUGAGGGACAACUACCGAGCCAACAAGGUGGCCUUCUGGCUGGAACUGGUGCCCCCCACCUUCCACCAACCCUCCCACGAAGCCCCCCGCGACACGUCGACCACACGACAUUAAUUUUAAUUCACGCGCGUGAUCCCUCCCUCAGUCACGGCACCUCGACAUGGCGCCAGCACCGCACGCGUGGGGCCCAGCACCACACGCCGGCCGAUCCCGACCCUCCCUCCGGACGAAGACGACACGGGCCGGUCGCAGCACUACGUCCCCUUCCCAGGGGACUCGCGGGACUAUUCCACCGAGCUGAGCGUCACCGUGGCCGUCGGGGCCUCCCUGCUCUUCCUCAACAUCCUGGCCUUCGCCGCCCUCUAUUACAAGCGGGACAAGCGGCACGAGUUGCGGAGCGGGCGGCGCCUCAGCCCCCAGCGCAACGCGGCCAACGACCUUGUCCACGGGGGACAAGAGGAGGAGAUCAUGUCCCUGCAAAUCAAACACUCGGAGCACGACGCCCACGACCUGGAGCCUCUGCGGCCCCACGAGAUCUUACGCCCCGCCUGCCCUCCCGACUACACACUGGCCCUGCGCCGGGCACCGGACGACGUCCCCCUGAUGACCCCCAACACCAUUACCAUGAUCCCCAGCACCAUCUCGGGGAUGCAGGCUUUGCACCCGUUCAACACCUUCCCCACCGGACACAAUAACACCCUCCCCCACCCUCACUCCACCACCCGUGUAUAGUUGCUCUC